AUGCUGCCACCCACGAAUGCCAGCCCUGACGCCCAUCCCGAGACCCCACAAGAACUUACUGCAGACAGUCUGCGACUAUUGGGCAGCACGACUGUCCCCGGCACGUUUUACGGAUUCGUGACUGUCUGCGCUGGCGUAUGUACAUAUCGAAUCUGGUCCUCUCGCAAGCUAGUUGGACGUUCAACCUCACGUACCGCUUCUCAACUUUCGUUCGUGGCCGUACUCUGGCUAUGCGGCACCAUCGCUAUUUCCGGUAUGGCGCAGGAGGUAGUAACGAUAUAUGUGCGACAUAGGCUCUUUGAACCGGGUCCAUACGCUUAUGUCAACUUCAACAUACCGUCAGCGCUUGUGGUGGAUGUGACGUACUACGUGUCGAUGGUCAUUGCUGAUGGUGUUAUGAUAUGGCGGUUCAAGGUCAUUUGGCAUCAAUGGCCGCUGCGUCGGGCCCUUCUCGGUAUGAUCCUGCUCAUAUACGCACUGUCAAUGGUUGCCUCUGUGGUCGCUCUGAUGGCUGCCUCCGGUCACUGCACUCGUUGUCCCCAGAUUAUGGCCCACGGGAUUGAACUAGGCAUUGUAUCCUCCGUAGUACUCAACGUCCUCAUUACCGGGCUCAUUUCAGGCAAGCUAUACAAGUUUCGCAACUUCGUCAGAUCAUCCCUAUCACAUUCUGCAUCGCGUUAUGCCAACGUCGCUGUGAUGUUUGUUGAGUCGUGCGCGCUCUACACCAUCUUCUCGCUCCUCUUUGUCAUCUUUAACGCGAUGAACACCUGGAUUCAACCACUGGCUCCAUUACUUGUUGUGUUCAGGCUCUCGGGCGGGUCCACGUGGGACGAGGAGCAGGACACACGCGGCGGAGCUAAUAUCAAUGGCCAUAGCACGCUUCAGUUUUCGCGGGUUGCAUUGGGAGAGUUGAGGAGCGAAGGAAAUGAUCAUGAUCAUGGGCAGGGCGCUGAAGAAGUGGCUAGAAGUGGCUGA